AUUCUAACCUACCAUACCUACCCUCCUACAUGUAUGUAACCUAGGUACUUAUCUAAAUCACAUCAAGACUGAGACUUGCCAAUAAAACGUUGCGAAAGAGAUAUAAAAAUUUCGACUACUCGCUUAGCGAGCAAACUAUACAAAAAUCUAUACAAAAAUCUUCUCAAGAUGCCCGAUCCACCAAAAGGGAAGAAGCAACAAUCCCUCACCAGCUUCUUCACCCCAAAGACCGUUAAUGGCCUAGUUUCCUCUCUCCAGAAAUCCCAAUCCCACGCUGAAGAACCCGAAAUACCCAACAAAACCCUCGAAAGCUUACGAAAGCGACCGUUGGAAGAAGAUAUAGACAAUGGAAAUCAUACACCACCACUGAAGAAAAGAUCAAAGGCGCUUGGUGUAGAGAAUAAGGACGAGGAUGAUGAUGAUUUGGAAAGUCCACAUCAUAGCUCUCCCACCUUGGCCCUGAAAAGACCGGGUACACGCACGGAACGCUACCUCUAUAACGGGUCAGCUUCCCGCGAAAAUGCACCUGAAGGCGGGGACGAAGAUGACGAAGAUGCUAUCCAGAAGCGCAAGAGGCAAGAGCUGCAUCGCAAGUUUGUACAAAAGCUAGGCCGGCCGGAUAGCAUGCUUAGAAAUCGAGCCGGGCGCGUAGAUGAUGAUGCUCAUGCUGCAGAAGAGGAUGCAGAAGACGGCGAAGAGGAAGAACCACCACCCCAAUCCACAAAGGGCAAAAAGAGGGGUUCCAAGACGGGAAAGCUUACACCAAUGGAGAUUCAGUACUUGGACAUCAAGAGAAAGCACAUGGAUACGGUGUUGAUUGUCGAAGUCGGCUACAAGUUCAAAUUCUUUGGUGAGGAUGCCCGUGUCGCUGCCAAGGAGCUUAGCAUAGUUUGCAUCCCCGGCAAGUUUAGGUAUGAUGAGCACCCGUCCGAAGCCCAUCUCGACAGGUUCGCCUCUGCCAGUAUCCCCGUGCACCGACUACCCGUACAUGCCAAGCGGCUAGUAGCGGCCGGCCAUAAGGUUGGGGUUGUUCGUCAAGUCGAGACGGCAGCAUUGAAGAAGGUCGGGGACAACCGCAACGCUCCUUUUACGAGGAAACUCACAAACGUCUACACAAAAGGCACCUAUGUCGACGAGAUUGGGGAGCUAGACCAAGGGGGUAGCUCGGGUGCUCCCUCGGGUGGAUACCUGCUUUGUAUUACAGAGACAAACGCCAAAGGCUGGGGCACCGACGAGAAAGUCGAUGUUGGCAUUAUCGCGGUCCAGCCUGCCACGGGCGAUAUUAUAUACGACAGCUUCGAGGACAGUUUCAUGAGAAAUGAAAUCGAGACCAGGUUGCUACACAUCUCGCCUUGCGAGUUUUUGAUCGUCGGCGACUUAUCCAAAACUACGGACAAGCUCAUCCAACAUCUGUCUGGCAGCUCUACCAAUGUAUUCGGAGACAGAAGCAGAGUAGAGAGGAUUCCAAAAUCCAAAACUGUUGUCGCUGAGGCUUACUCGCACGUUGCUCAAUUUUAUUCUGCCAAAUUGAAAGAGGCAUCUGAUGGUAACAAUGAACAAGCCAGUUCUCUGUUAGACAAGGUUCUAAAGUUGCCGGAACCGGUUACGAUAUGCCUGUCUUCUAUGAUAAAUCACCUAACAGAGUACGGCCUCGAACAUAUAUUCGACUUGACCAAGUAUUUCCAGUCUUUUAGUGCUCGUCAACAUAUGUUGAUCAAUGGCACAACUCUGGAGAGUUUGGAAGUAUAUCGAAAUUCAACCGAUCAUAGCGAGAAGGGCAGUCUCUUCUGGGCCCUUGAUAAGACGCUUACUCGUUUCGGUCAGAGACUGCUGCGUAAGUGGAUCGGCCGCCCCCUAUUAGACAAGGAUCGUCUGGAGGAGCGGGUGGCCGCCGUCGAAGAGUUACUUGAGAAUGCUUCGACCGCCAAAGUUGACCAAAUCGAGCACUUACUAAAAACCAUCAAGACGGACCUCGAGAGAAGUCUGAUCCGUAUAUAUUACGGGAAGUGCACACGUCCGGAGCUCCUGGCUGUUCUUCAGACCAUGCAAAGGAUUACCAUGGAAUUUGGACGCGUGAAAUCAACGACGGACACGGGCUUCAAAUCCGCAGCCAUUAGCACUGCUAUCUCCUCGUUACCCCUUGUACUACCCACUGUAUUAUCAUAUCUCGACCGCAUCAACGCCGAUGCAGCACGCAAGGAUGACAAGUAUUCUUUCUUCCGGGAGACCGAAGAGACGGAGGCUAUCACAGAGCACAAGCUGGGCAUUGCGUUCGUGGAGCAAGAGCUCGACGCCCACCGCAAGGAUGCUGCGGCGACUCUCGGCAAGAAGUCUCCCAUCCCCUAUGCCACCGUCGCCGGAAUCGAGUACCUCGUCGAGGUACCCAAUGCCGACCUGCGCCGUGUCCCUGCCUCCUGGAUCAAGAUAAGCGGCACCAAAAAGCUCUCGCGCUUCCACACCCCCGAGGUCGUCCGCCUCAUCUCCGAGCGCGACCAGCACAAGGAAGCCCUCUCCGCUGCCUGCGACGCCGCAUUCGCGUCCCUCCUCCAUGACAUUGCCGCAGACUACCAGCCCCUGCGCGACGCCGUCUCCUCCCUCGCCACCUUAGACUGCCUCCUCUCCCUCUCCAAAAUCGCCGCGCUCCCCGGUUACUCCAAGCCCACCUUCCUCCCAUCCGACGCCCCGCCCACCAUCUCCGUCACCGAGGGCCGCCACCCCAUCGCCGAGCAGACCCUCGCGACCUCCUACAUCCCCUUCAGCACGACCCUCACCUCCCCCACCCCCCUCGCCCACCUCAUCACCGGCCCCAACAUGGGCGGCAAGUCCUCCUUCGUCCGCGCCGUCGCCCUCCUCGUCCUCCUCGCGCAAGUCGGCUCCUUCGUCCCCGCCACCUCCCUCUCCCUCACCCUCGCCGACGCCAUCCACACCCGCAUGGGCGCCCGCGACAACCUCUUCGCCGGCGAGUCCACCUUCAUGGUCGAGGUCUCCGAGACGUCCCGCAUCCUCCGCUCCGCCACCCCCCGCUCCCUCGUCGUCCUCGACGAGCUCGGCCGCGGCACCAGCACCCACGACGGCGCCGCCAUCGCCAGCGCCGUCCUCCAGCACGUCGUCCAGCACACCAAGUGCCUCACCCUCUUCAUCACCCACUACCAGAACCUCGCCCGCGUCGCCGACGGCCUCGCCGGCCGCUGCAAGAACGUGCACAUGCGGUUCACCGCCACCAAGCGAGGAGACGGGGGAAACAGCGAUGCCGAUAAAAAUAUGCGCGUUGAUCACGCCGGCAAAGGCGAUGGUGAUGGUGACGGGGACGACGACGACGACGACGACGACGACGAUCAGGACCAGGACAUCACCUUCUUGUAUGAGGUUGGCGAGGGUGUGGCCCACAGGUCCUAUGGCUUAAAUGUCGCGAGACUAGCUCGUGUUCCGCGAAAAGUGCUAGAGGUGGCGGCAAAGAAGUCCAGGGAACUUGAGGAGGAGAUCAAAAUACGGAGACUGAAUGGGGCCACAAGGCUUCUUGCCGAUGUAUUACAAAAUGGACCUGAUCAAUUAGAUCACCUUGUAUCAAGUAUUGAGCAGCUGUAGGGCUAUUAUAUAUGUAAUGGGUUUUUUUACUAUACGUACUAGGUAUUCACUUUAAAGGAGACACUGAAUUUAUUGACGGAAUGUGCUGCAAUUUGCGUAAUAAGUAGAACG